AUGCAGCUCACACUGGUGGGAAGCCAUGCUGCUGCCUUACCAAUACCAGCACCUCAACGCUACUGGAACUCCGUCCUCCCAAACACACCAAUGCCGAAAUCUCUCAGCCAACUCGUCAUGCCUGACUUCAUUAGUGUUGGCAAAGGGAGCGUUAUUCUUCACAACCCAGUUCACAAGGAAGAGAAUUGGGCGUAUUCGAAAGAUUCAGAUGAUGAGAACGCCCGUUUCCAGAAUGAUGCUGCAGAGAACGCUCCAUUUUGUGUGAAAUAUGCCGAUAUUGCAGAUGAUCCCGCAGAAGCUGAAAGUCUAACACAAGUUGAAGUCGACCCAAACCGAACAAUCUUCUUCUUGGAGAAGGACCUUCAUCCUGGAAAGGCAAUGAAUUACCGAUUAGCUGGAAGUGGAAAUUCUAGCACCAUACCUUUCCUGUCCCGAAAAACUGCAGAGAGGAUCCCCUUCAGUUCAAGCCAACUGCCAGAAAUUCUGGACAAAUUAUCAGUGAAACCGGGGUCUGAUGAAGCCGAUUUGAUUAAGGGAACCAUUCAAAAUUGUGACAGUCCAGGCGCGAGUGACGAAGCAAAACAAUGUGUAACCUCGUUAGAGUCGAUGAUCGACUUUGCCACCUCCACGCUGGGAUCAAAAAAUGUUCUAGCAAUCGCAACGGAGGUGGAACAAGGAGCUGCCCCGAUGCAGAAGUACACAAUAACCGUAGAUGGAGCGAAGAGGCUGGCAGCCAGCAACAUCAUGGUGUGUCAUAAGAUGAGCUAUGCGUAUGCCGUCUUCUACUGCCAUUCAAUUGAAAAAACGACGACUUAUGUGGUGCCUCUGCAAGGAGCUGACGGAUCGAAAGCCAAAGCAGUAGCAGCCUGUCAUCAAGAUACAUCUCAAUGGUACCCAAAUCAUUAUGCCUUCAAAGAGCUCAACGUUGAGCGAGGAACCGUUCCCAUCUGCCAUUUUCUUAAAGCCGAGGAUGUUGCUUGGGUUACAAACCAAAAACCAACUUGAUCUGGUUGAAUUUGUUCGACCUGAUCGAUCACUAGCCUAUAUGUAAGAAUGUAUAUCCUCCGGUAAUAAAUGGAAUUACAUAAGACCUGAUAAAUCAGUUGUGUUUAUGUCUGCGACUACUGACUGCCAUAGCACAUCUUACCCAUUAGAAACGCAAAUUUCGAGUUACAAAUUAAGAAAACAGUACAUCUUAAAUAUAAAAAAAAAAUGUAAUGCUAGAGAGACCACGUAAAAACACUUUUGUGACAUUUGUCUUUAUGUUGAUCGGCUUGAAAUGGUUGCUAAGAAUAUCGGAGUUAAACAGUGUCUUGGUUUGCACCUCAUCGGAAAAUAUUACUUCUGCAUAAUCAUAUGACCACAUGUGACUUUUCAUUACAUUUCAAAAGACAUUGAUUAAAUUUCGUGCCAAAAUAAAAAAUAAAAAAAAAAUUGGUUGAAAAGUUGCAACUUUCUUUUUAUGGGAAAGUGUCGAUUUAGUCCAUGAACUAUUACCUAAGUAAAAAUUAGGCUCUGAAUUAUUAUUUUUCGGUAAAAUAAGUCCCUAAAUUUCAUCCCUACUAUUAUAUUCAAAAUUAUUUUAUCCAAUUUUUUCGUCAACUUAAGUUAUUUGACAUACUUAAUACCGUCCUUCUCUUGCUUCUAAGCCCUUAACAUUUCAUAGAAGUUACAAAUCUAACGUCUAAUUUAUUGUUAGCCCAUUAUGAAACUUAACCCUCCACUUUCCCUUAGUGUAGAUAAUGUCGUUUGUUAAAAAAAAAAACAAAAAUUUAUCCUCUGAAGUUGACUUCACACACUAUUUCUUUAUGAAAAAUUACUAAUCUACCCUCCAAUGUGUAUCACAUACAAGUAACAUGAUUUAAAUUGACGGAAAAUUGAAUAUCGUAAUUUCAAAUCUAAUAUU